UUUAGACUUGUAACAUAGAAGUGAGAUAAGGUUUUUUAGUUUAUUAUAUCGGUUCCAUUUUCUGUUUUUCUAUGUUCUAUCUUCUUUCUUCAUUCAUACCUCCUUUACUUUAUUUUCUUAAUGUCUACAUAAUUAACUAAUCAUAAGCUCAUGAUACAGGGAUUGACAACAAAUUGUCCCACUAACUUUUGUCUCCCGGAUGACAAUUAUCCUACUUGGUUAGCCUAUAAAAGUGAAGGAAUUUCUGUACUUUUUCAAGUUCCCGAGGAUAGUGAUUGUCGCAUGAAAGGGAUAAUCUUAUGUGUUGUUUAUUCAUCAACAAUUGAAAACAUAGUAGCUGAAUGUCUUACCAGUGUCUUGAUUAUUAAUUACUCAAAGUGCACCAUAAAGAUAUACAAGCGAGACACGGUAAUGUCUUUUAAUGAUGAAGAUUGGAAGGGCUUAACAUCAAAUCUAGAGCCUGGUGACAAUGUGGAGAUAUUUGUAGCUUUUGGGCGUGGAUUGUCCGUUAAGGUGACAGCUGCCUAUCUAAUAUAUGACCAUUCAGUUAUUACAGAAACUGAGCCAACUAACAUGAAUAUGGAGCCAUCUCAGGAAGACAAAUUGCAACCAUCACCUAAUGUAAAAAUGGAGCUAUCACCAAAUUUGAGAAGGGAUCCAUCUCAGAAGGUAAAUAAAAACAAAGAUAUCUUUACAAAACUUGCAAAAAGAACGAGACAGUGUUUGUGCUUGAACUAAUGUAGAAGUUUCAACAAAUUUUGAUUUGGCAUACA